CGAUAUUGUAAUUAGUAUAAGUUGUUCAGUAAUAUCAGUUGAAUAUUCAGUUUUAUUUGUAAAUUUUAUCAUUUAGAUUAUUGAUAAUAAGUAUUGACACCUGGAAGUUGUUUCUAAGGUUUAGGUACAUCAACAUAUUGUCUUGCCUGUAUGUGAACACUUGAGAACAAACAAUAAGGACCCACCAUGAGUAGGGACGCUGCCUACAGGGUUGACCACCUCCAGCAGGGUGGUCCCGGUAGAGGGGAAGAGAUCCCAUUGUAUCAGAUCCAGUCAGAUUAUGAAGAUCCUCCAGAACCCGUUCCAGCCCGGCUACACCGACGUUACACUUCUGAAGCUGGCAGUAAUUACCCGCCUCACCAGGCCGGUAACAUGGACAGACGGCGGUCCUGGGGAACCAUGGAUGACAUAGCCAUUACUGCUGAAUUACUGGAGAGUCUGCCCAGCCGACAGCUAGAAUCUCUGACGAGUGGCAAGCAUACGUUGCGACACCGACACAUGCGACACAAGUCGUAUCACGGCUCAACCCGCGGACCGCAUGUAGUCGACCAGACGGAUGCUAUCGCCAUGGCGUUCGAUGAACCGGACAUGGCUGACCGCACAGAAGAAGAGAUCGGCACACUGCUGCGGGACAUGACGACGACACUUUCGAGCAAACGAGAAAUUAAGAGAAGAAUUAGCUCCAAGAAGCGCAGUCCAGGACGACUAAGAAGGUGGAAAUAUUCUCGUGCCAUGGCAUGGCAACACUUCAAGUACAGCAUGGCAGAGAUGAUGUAUUCCAUUGAGCUGUGGAAGUCAGACCUCAAGAAGAUCGAAGGCCAUUUUGGAACCAGUGUCUUGUCCUACUUCCUUUUUCUCAAGUGGCUUUUCCUCAUCAACAUUCCCAUCUUCCUCGUGACCUUUGGCUUUGUUGUCCUGCCACGAGUGCUCCAGCGCUGGUUUGAAGACACCCCUGCUGGCUACCCAAACGCAUCCUUCACUGGAGUGGAGCUACUCACUGGCGCGGGUUGGUUUGAGAACACUGAGAUGUAUUAUGGAUUCUAUAGUGACUACAACAUCAACUUUGUUGGAGGGACGGAGUAUCAGAUGAGAUUUGCCUACCUGUUUACCUGUGGAGCAUAUUACCUGUUCUCUCUCUUUAUCCUGGCUUUUAGCAUCCUGCGGUCGUACAGGAAGUACUACAUAGAGGGCAGUAGUAAUUUCAACCUGUACUAUGUCAACAAAGUUUUCUGUGGCUGGGAUUACGGGAUUGAGAAUCACGAGGCGGCACAUCUCAAACACCUCAGUAUUUAUAAUGAACUCAAGGAAUACCUAUCUGGCCAGAGUAAAUCAUCUGAGAAAACUCUUUCCCAGAAGUGUACUGUAUUUUGGAUUCGAGUUGUCACCAAUGUUCUGGUGCUUGGAAUGAUAUGUGGUGCUGGAUAUCUUGUGUACUACAUCUCGGUGACACAGUCUCUCAAAAGUGAAAUUCCAGUUUUGAGUCUGUUGGCGAUGCCUCUGUGCAUCAUAGGAAUAAACCUCUUUCUUCCGUUUGUCUUCAGUCUGCUUGAAUGGUUUGAGAGAUACGACAAACCAAAGAAUGAAUUGUACAUGCACAUGUUUCGGACCAUGUUGCUCCGAGCAGUUGGUUUGGCAGUCCUUGUAAACUUCUGGUUUAAUAAAAUUGAAAAAGACAAGUGUUGGGAGACAUUUAUGGGUGAAGAGAUUUAUCGAUUGGUGAUCGUGGAUUUUAUAUUUACUCUUGUGGUGACAUUUACGUUUGAAUUUCUUCGAAGAGUGAUGUCUCGGUACUGUUGCACUAAAAUAAAACCACCAGUUUUUGCCAUUGGACGGAACACUCUGGAUCUGAUAUACUCGCAAGCCCUGUGCUGGCUUGGAACAUUUUACAGCCCCUUACUUUCCUGCAUAAUGAUUGUGAAGCUCAUUAUCAUAUUUUAUGUUAAGCGGAUCAGUGUUCUGCAGAACUGCAAGCCGUCAAUGCGGCCAUGGCGUGCGGCACGGUCUCACACCAUAUUUCUCGGUUUCCUCAUGGUCUUCUUUCUCUUGACCGCUGCUGCAGUCACAUGCGGAAUCAUUUUUAUUCAUCCGAGCACCACUUGUGGUCCAUACCGUAAUGUAACGACCACCUACCAGGUUGUCAUUAUACUCAUCGACGAUUGGCAGGACGAACACAAAUGGCUUACUGACAUCAUACAUUUCAUAUCAUCCCCUGGUGCUAUCUUUGGAUUGCUGGUAUUCUUGUGCAUGGCAACAUACUACAUGAGGAUUGCUAUGAUUGGACACAAGGAAAUGGUGCAGUUACUUCGUCAACAACUUUCCUUGGAGGGUAAGGACAAGAAUUUCUUGCUGGGUCUUCUUCAAGAGGCAAAUAGAAAAAGCAAGAGAAAAGCAAGCGUGAAGAAUCGUCUUCAGACACCGGACAAAACCACAGAAACCAACAGCUUCAUAUCUCCUGGUGGUAGAGAAUUUAUUAGAACAGUGGCUGAAUCAGCUAGCAGGACAGCACAUUCCUAACUGUUUGAAACAGAAGUGGAUUUUAGAAAUAAUUAACAGUCAUAUUUCUUCAUUGCUAGUUGUUUAAAAUGUGAAUGUCAAUAAACAUCCACUUGAGUUAUUAUUUCUUUUCAACUUAACUUGACCUAAACCCCCCCCCCCCCCCCCCAAAAAAAAAAAAGACGAGAAAAGACAUUCAGAUUCUAAAAGUGAAAAAGAAAGACUGAAGUUGCUGUAACAUGACUGAAAUAGGAAGUAGAAGACUCAUUUGAAAUAUUUGGUUUCAUUGAUUGUUGAAAUGGGGGGGAAUACUAUUGGUUACAGGUGAGUUAAGUAUUUAUAAAAAGUGAAACCAAUCCAAUUUUGCUACAUUUUUAAAGCAGUUUGAUUUUGCUUCUGUAUAUUGACUUUGAAAACAAAAUAUUAAACAGUUUCUAAUGUGUUUUAUAUACCAGCGCGUAUAAUUAAAAAAAGGGCCAAAAUUAUGAAACCUUUUUUGUAAAUUGCAGGUCUUUAUGCAUUGUAAAUAUACAGGUAGGUACUUACAUUAUUUUAAGACAAAAACUGGCUUUGUAGAUUCAAUCCAAUUUUUUUUAUUUAAAUUUAGAUUGUACCAGCAAUAGUUUUAACUACUUUGCUUGAUCUGCAAACUAUCUAAUUGAUUCUGAGCCAGUCGUUGCUCAAUGAUUUUAUAAAAUGGCACCUAGUAUAAGUGUAUCGAUCAACCAAAUGAGGUCUUUACAACUGAUGCAACUAAAUGUUACCGGUAAUAUUAUUUUUGUACACUGGUAUAUUUAUAUUUUUAAUCCCCUUUUAUCAUUAAAAAGUCCCAGUUAAAAACAUUGACCACUUUAUUGCAAUUUACCAUUUUUGAGACAAUCAACAUAAACUGAAUUAUAAAUAUUAAUAUUUUACAUUUUAAUAUAUAUAUAUAUAUAUAUGAAGAGUUCAGGCGCAAAACGCGAUAUAAACCAUUUUCUUUCUUUUUUUAGUUAAAGCCAUUAUUGUAUGUCA